CGGGUCGCAUUCAAUGCUUAAUCACGCUUUAAGUUUUACCUAUAAUUGGCAAACAGUUGGCGGUUUGUAAUUCAUGAAGAGAUUAAGGUUUAGUGUAAAAUAAAGAGUGGCUUAUAUUUGGGCAAAUAAAGUGUGUAGUGGUAGAUAUGGUGGGACCACUUUAAAACAUAGCAAUAUUGUAAACAGAGGAGAUAAAUAGUGCAUGAGUUCUUUCAGUUUUAUUUUGAAAUAGAUCUAGUUAUAUGUUGGAUUUAUAUUACUGUUAUAUUUACUGGGGCUUUUUUUUACAGAAUAUUCGUUAAAUAAUAAUAUACAAAUAACAUAAAGACGUUAUUAAUAACAACCACGACGGCGGAUUUUAUGGAAUUGUAGACCGUCUGUUUAAAUAAUAUUCUUAUUUUGAUGGUUCCAUUUUAAUUUGAUAAGAUGAUGUGAUAUUUGUGUUACAUAAUUCACUUUCAAUAUAACAUUCUUAUUGACUGCAUACAAACGACAGACACAUAAAUAGUAUAGAGCUACGUGCAAAGUUUAGUGCAUGAAGACUUUUUAAUUACAUGAACUUGUUUCACGUGCAUACAUCAUUAUUUCGUGUUUGUUAGUCUUAGACAUGUAUGGAUAUAAAACGAGAACCGGAAAAUGACGAAAUGGAAACUUAAAGAUAGAUAGACUUCUGCGACUUACACCCAACCGAUUGCCAACAUGAUGCUGGGAGUUUUCAGCGCGGAAGAGCUCAGUCCUGAACAUGCGAAGUUAUAUGAAACCUGUUUAAAGGGAAGCAGAGAGGAUAUAAGACGCUACUGUAACCAGGGUGGCAUAGCAUCACAGUUUAUUAAGGAUGGGAUGAAUCCGAUGCACAUCGUUGCGGUGGCCGGCAGGCCGGAUGGUGAGGCGAUCUUAGGAAUAAUGCUGGAUAGUGGGUUCAACGUGAAUGUGAAGACCAGGUUGGGAGAGGACACUGUGAUGCACCUCGUUGUGGAACACAUAGACGUCAAGGAGGCCUUCCCAUUGGUGCUCAAAAUUUUAGACUACAACCCGGAUUUGACCAUCAGAAACAGGAAAUUGCGGACUCCUUAUGAUAUUGCCCUGGCCAAGGGUGAAUUUGAGUUGGCAGAGGUUCUAGAUGGGUCCAUGACUCCACAGCAGGCGCGGGAAUAUUACACACAGAAAAUUGCAGCAAUAUAUGGGGCCAAGCUGGUGGAUGCUGUGCUGAGAAGUAACGAACAAGACAUUCAAGACUACAUAAGGCUUGGUGCCGACCCAAAUUAUGUCAAUGAGCAUAAAAAUGGUGCAAUACACUAUGCCAUAACACACUGUGCCCUGCCACCUAAGAAGACUCUGCAACUUUUGAUUGAUGGCAAAGCUGAUGUCAAUCUACAAGACGAUGAAGGGGAUACAGCAUUGAACCUUGUCAUCAAGAGCAGCAAGCUACGGGACAGUGGUCAGAUGUACACAUGCUGUGAACUGUUACUGAACAAUGGUGCUUUGUCAACAUUCAAGGACUUGGAUGGAAAUGAUGCACUAAGUUUAGCACAGAAAAGGAAAUACGACGACAUUGUCAAACUACUUAGUGGGCAGAGGCCAAAGCACAUACAGUCCCCACAGCCACCAAUCACCCAGCCCAAGGUGACACAACCACCACUACCUCUGCCUCCGCCACAACCGCGACUAAAGCCAACAAUACCGACGCCGAGGUUUGUAGUUCAACCAGACCUCGUUGAGGAGGAGGGGGAGGAGUCGCCGAUACCACCCCCCGUCAUGCCACAGGAAGCACUAGUUAAAGCCACAAGGGAGAGGACUCUGGCUGAUGUGGACGAGGCACUGUUUGGGUUGCGGGCCGAUCCUAACAUUCCAGAUGAUACUGGUCUGUACCCUAUCCACCAUGUUCUGAUUCGUGGAGAGUUUGAGAACGAGGAGGACCGUUUGAGUAUGUUAAGAUCCCUCAUAGAGGCAGGUGCAGAUGUGAACAUACAGACUGUCAAUAGUGAAAGCACCCCACUGCAUGUCGCUGCCACAAAGAACCAGGAGCAUGCUGCCCAGGUGUUACUGGAUACACACAAAUGUGACCUAGAUAUGAAAAACAAGCACGGUAAGACUGCAUACCAGGUUGCGGAGGAAGAGGAAUGCCAGGAAGUGAUGGAUGUAAUCGACCGACAUCGACAGCAAGUUAGGGACCGCCUGAAGAAUGCUGCUAAGAAAGCAUCCACUUGUACAUUACUGUGAUUUACCAUGCAACUAUAUAGAUUGGCCAUCAUGUUUCAAAACUGGAUUUAUGGUCACACCUUUAUAGUGAUCGACAAGCAUCCACAACAUUUAAUUGACAAAGCGCAUGAUAAACUGCUACAGUAAACUGCAACAUUUAAUUGACAAAGCGCAUGAUAAACUGCUACAGUAAACUGCAACUGCUAAAAAUGCUUUUUGUUUUCAAUUGUUACCAUAUAACAAAAUUUAAUGCCAAUCUCAGUACAUUAAUAUUUUAUUUAUAAUCACAUUUUUAUCAUGGUCAUUGGACGUCAGCAACAAGCUUUAAAACCAGAGCUGCUUAAAAAGUCACAAAACAAUACUGUCAUUGACAUUCUUGUAAAUGUCAACCAGAAUAAACAGUUCGCUGUGGCGUAAUGGAUAAGGUGUCCGGCUAGUGAUAGGGAGGUCUCGCGUUUGAUUCCCACUGGGAGAGUGUUCUCUAGAUCUUCCCCCAAAGACACCAAGUACUAGUUAUAGGCCCAGGAAAUGGACUCGAGAGCGUUUCUAUGAGCCUGAGGCUUUCGAUGCAAUCAAGCUAAAAUAAAUAGGUUUAAACUAGAAUGAACAGUGAAGAAUUAUCCAUUUAUAGUGAAAGAAACGUUACAGAGCGCUUGCAGACAUAUGAUAUGCUAAGUGUUUCGUACUAUACUGUGUUAUGCGACACAAAAUGUCAGUUGAUAGAGCACAACUUCAUAUUGAUCAAAAUUUAUUGUCAACAUGUAAGGAACUGUAUGAGAAAAGUAUCUGUUUAUAAUAAAAUCUGCAGCAUGAUCGGAAACUAUUCUUAUAAUGGUAUUCAGUUCAACAGAUAAACAUCGCUUAGAGUAGGUUUUUAUUAGAUGUCUCAUUUUAACAAAAAUUUAAACAAAAGAAGUCAAUUAAAACAGGGACCUAUACAAACAAAUUUGUUUGUAUAGGUCCCUGAUUAAAAUCAUUUUUUUCCUGCUAUAUUACUGAGAGGAUAUAUAUCUUGUCUCAAUGUACAUAUCAAAUCUAAACAAAAGCUCUAAUGACAUAAAACCUCACUUUUUGAAAAUGCUUUAAAUAUUGCCAGUCACUAUGGAUGUGUAUGAAAUAAAAUAACAGUAUUAUGUAUAUAACUUAAAACAUGUCAGUCAUGGAAAGUCAUAGAAAUACUGUCUAUUCCCCACACGAGCCACUGAAGUGGUCAAAGUGGCCGUAUUAUACAAUACAUGUAAUUAUGUCUGUAGUGUUGCAUUUAUUUUUCCUGUGAAUACAAAAAGAAGGAAGGAAACAUCAAUUUUCUUAUCUUCUUGAGGGAAUGUUUGAGAAGCUUAAAUAAACUGUCGCCUUUUAUUUGCAAUUCAUUAGAAAUCACAAAGACAUGUUAAAUUAGGACCACAUAUUGAGCUUUAUUUAUCUUAAAAAAAAUCUUUAAACAUUGUAUAUAUAUGUUUACAUCACUGUAUAAAUAAUAAGAAACAUAACUUCUUUGAAAUUCUGUUCAGCAAACCAAAUAUGUAAAUACCGGUAUACAUUAAAUAUAUAUUUGAAAACAUAUAAAUGACAUCAAAUAUUAACUUGAUUUUGUUCAUAAUAUUUGUAAUUCUUUUUUAUUUUCUUUCAUACAAGUGCUUCAUUUUGUUUAUUUUAGUUGUUGAUGUUGUCAUCCCCCCCCCCCCCCAAUAAGUAAAUUGCUAUUCAAUUAAGGUAGCGCACCUCUAAUGAUUUCCCGCGAUUUAUUUUACGAUCAUUGCCGAUCUUCAAUGAUCGCUUAUUUCCGAGAGAUGCAUUUUAUUUUUUUCAAACUUCGAAUUUUGAUAUAUGUUUAACUUAUUCAUUUAGAAUACAUUAUUUUCACUAUAAAUAUUGACUUUGAUCCAAUUAUCAUCUGAAAAAUACGAUUUCGCGAUUUCUUCAAAGAUCAAGCGAGCCUUUUUACCUGUUUACUUAUGCAUAUCUAAUUUAAGGUUGCUCCGAUGUGAAGUUGUCGUGGCCGAGUGGUUAAGGCGAUGGACUAGAAAUCUUUUGGGAUCUUUCCGCGCAGGUUCGAUUCCUGCCGACAUCGCAUACUUUUUGCGACGCGUUUUAUUUCUUUUCUAACGUAAUUUGAUUUAAUAUAGCACAUAAGCUAUGUUUAUUGUUAAAUAUGUUGAAAAUUGUAUGCACAUCCUUCAAUUUUAAAAUUAAAACAACGUUAUGGCUAAAUUGAUUAAUUUACUGCUGAAAAUACGAAUGAUGCAUGUUGCAUUUUUAUUUUUAUUUCAAAAAGUAAACGGUAAAUCUGUCUAUUUUUUGGUAUUUUUGCUGUAUAUAGUGUUUCUACAAAAACUAAGUUUAAAAUAUAACUUAAAUGAUACUAUUUUGAAUUUUAUGACACUUUGUUUUCAACCGACCCAAUUUUUACUUGGCUGAAAUCACUUACAUUUCAUGGCGCUAUUCCAUAGAUUAAAAUUUGUAAAAAAUAAAUGUCUGUAAAAUAAUACUUAUUUCAUCUUGUUUAAACUUUAAACACCUUUACUGCAUCUGUACACACCAACUGCAUGCCCAUAUUUGGAAAUUUGAAUGAAUUAUGGAACUUUUAUAUACCCCAGGGGUGAAAAUAAACUGGACAAAAGCCGAGCGUGAGGGUGGUUUUGAAAAAAUCGAUAUAUUUUUUUAAAAUGCAUGGAAAGCCUACCUACAAAUUUGCAUGUAGUUCAGUGAAAUGAUGCUGAUUAGGAAUAUAAUUAAUUAAAUUAUAUUUGGAUAUGUGCCCAUUAGAGGUGCACUACCUUAAUAUGUGAAUUGUGUUCCAAAUGGUUGAAUUUUCUCUGUUCAAGACAUUAUCUUUUGGUUUGCUCUUCAAAUAUUUAUUUGUAAAACAAGCAAAUGAAUGUCAACAGAAAAAGGAAGAUAAAAAGAAUGUAUUGUUAUUAUUGGCUGGUCCAAUUUGAUAUAUGCAUGCCAUUGUUUGAUAUUUUGCUAUUUCUUCGCAGUAUAUAAAGUGUUGAUUUAAAGGGGCAUUAUCACAGAUUUUGGCAUGUAUUAAAGUUUGUCAUUAAAUGCUUUAUAUUGCUAAAUGUAAACAUUGGAUCUAAAAACCUUAAGUAAAAAAGCAAGAAUACAAUUUAAAAAAAAAAAAAAGUAACCAUCAACAGGGCUUGAAUCACUAACCCC